AAGCAAUUGCUACGGCCUAGAAAGCGAAGUGUAUCCUUUUUCCCACAAGUCUGUUCAAAUCAUCACCAUCCAUUCAGUGCCUCCUCUCCUUCUCUGCUAGUCUUUUAGAAUCAACUUUGAGUCCACCUAAAGCGAUUAGGAUUCCAAAUGGGUAGUUUUUAUUUUUCUACUUUGGUUUGUUUUUCCAUUUUGGCAUUGGAUUAUUCAACUCUUGCCAUUUCUUGAAGAAUCCUGAUCUGGGGUCAUUGUUACUCUCCUUGUUUAUAUUGUUUCUUGCCGUCUUUUCUUUAAUUUUUUUAUUUGCUGAACUUAAGUGGUAAAUUCUCAAACUUUGAUUGAAAAUUCUUGAAUAUUUGGUGUUGGACUUGGUGUUUUUUAGUUUUGAGGAACUGAGUUCCAGAAGUCAGAAACUUGAGAGGUGAUGCAGUUGGGAGAUGUUUGGUGCAACUAUGAAUUUAAUCACAACAGCUAUUGGUUUUGGUAUGAGUGCUACUUUUAUUGUGUUUGUUUGUGCAAGAAUUAUAUGUGGGAGGAUAAGAGGUGCUGAGUCCAGGCAAAUGUUUGAAAUUGAGUCCAGAAUUGAUCCUGAACAGCCAGAGCAUCGUAUUGGUGGCCUUGAACCAGUUCUGCUUGCUGCAAUCCCCACUCUACGGUUCACCCAUGAGGAAUUCAGUUCUGCAGAAGAUGCACAGUGCUCCAUAUGUUUAGGGGAAUACCAAGAAAAGGAAGUAUUAAGAAUCAUGCCCGGAUGCGGCCACAACUUCCAUCUCUCUUGCAUUGAUGUAUGGCUAAGAAAACAGUCUACAUGCCCAGUCUGUCGGUUCCCAAUACAAGAUUCUUUUGAAGCAAAGCACAUGAGACAGACAGCAAUCAGUAUGGUCCAGGCAAUUGAUAGUCCUGAUACUCCAAGUGAACAAUCUCGGCAAUGGCUGCUGCCCAGCUAUCAGGGUUCAGCGGGGAACCACAGCAAUCAAAGGCAUCUUGACCCUGUUCCUGGAAACCCUGAAAUUACUCCUGGAGAAUCACAAACAAGCCGUUCAUGAACCAAACAAAUUGUGAGGAAUGCUUACAUGUGUGCUUUGAGCCAACUUAUACACUUCGAGACGUUGAAUUACAUGGUGGAACAGGUAUAUACGACUUGAGAUUUUGUAUAUUUCAUUGGUACAUAGCACUUCUCGUGUCCUUUGCAGUAGAGUUACUCAGACUAAGUCAAAUUCAUUGUAAGAGAAAUUCAAUAAUCUUAGAAGUUCAAAAAAGAAGCUUGAAUCA